AAUGAUAAAAAAGCAUUAAAAUGGAUUAAAAUUGCUGAUGAACUAGAAAAUCCUGAUGCUCAAUUUAUGCUUGGACAAAUGUAUUCUAAAGGCAAAGGAGUCAAGCAAGAUUAUGUAGAAGCUAUAAAAUGGUCUAAACAUGCUGUUGUACAAGGACAUCAUGAGGCUGGAAUU